AUGACGGGAAGCUGGAAGAAAUACAUCCAAGUCAACAUCUAUGGCCGAACUCUGAAAGAGUUGCAGCAAGAAGGAAUCGCUCUGAAAUCCGUGCUGGUAAACCAUUUUUCUCAUUUUUCUUACUAGUAGCUCCAUUCAGACCAAUAUUGGAUGUUCGAAAGUCUGGAUAGUGGAGGGUUCGAUGUACAAUGAAGAACCUGCCGUCUUCCGUGAGCCCGAUCCUUUUCUGAGCAUGACAGUUGCCAAUGUGAACGUUCCUCGCUUUUCGACGCCCAUCUACUCGCAGAUUGAUCAACGCUGCAAGUUCAGUUUCAAUGCGACCGAAAAUAUUUCGACAAUCGCUUCGGACGACGAAGAAAUGAGCGAAGAGAGGGAAAAAGAACACUCGAGUGUCCAGAAGAGCCAGGAUUCGGUCAGCAUUUCGGUGGACGAAAAUGAUGAAGUGAAAGCGUUGCUCGAUGAGCUUAUUAAGCGUGUCGACGUUGGAAUGCGAGAGAAGAAGGACGUGAAAAGAGUAGUUCAUUGCCAUUCGAGUGCACUGCCACCGAAGAAGAGCCAAAAAGCUCAUAAGCGACGUCGAAGUGCUCCCGAAGUCAAAUUCACAGUAAAAUCGGAAGAGAAGUCUUCAUAUCAGCCAAAAUCACGAGCAGCGUAGAAAACCGAAUUGAAAUAGAUUGAGAGAUUAAUAAUUUUUUCAGUUUGAAGAGAAGCUGUUCCGAGCUCGAUUUUCACGAUACAAAGUCGGUUUCCGACAAAAAUGCAACCGUUCAUCCUCUUUUACGAGAACUCGAAAAGAAUGAACCACUUGUGAAUCGAACAGUGAGCAUGACUUCUGAUUUUAAGAACUCUCAAUUUCAGAGUACUCAAAAAGUUUAUGUCGAUCUGGAAUCUGCAAUGCCUGAAGGACACAAAAAUAAUUCCGAGUUCGAUGCCACGUGGAAGGAUCCUGCUGCUCAUUCCGGCGACAUUUCGUUUGAUCAGUGGGAGGGUCCGGAAGAGGACGUCUUCCAUUCUUUCAAAGACCAGUGCGACGGAGAGGACGACGAAACUGCGCAGAUUGAAUUGGACGAGACAAUGGAAAUGCACACACCGCCGCCGCCGAACGUCAUGCACGCCAAAUCGAUUCUGAAGAGUGCCAUUAACCGAGAGGAAGUGUCAAAGACAAAGACGCCAAAAACUGUUUCAUUCAAAAUUAGAAGAACGACCACGAAACUGAUUAGCAUGAGCCAGAUGCACACAAUCAAGUGCCGUUUUCAGGUUAAAAUUAUAUUUUGAUAAUCUGUUUAUUCCUAAUAUUCAGGGUUGCGGUCGGCAGAUUUCGUGGAAGCCUAAAUACGGAAAACUCCGCCUAAUUGAUCACGUUCUGUCGCAUUCGGAAGCGAAACAUUUGUGCUGCAACCUGUGCGACUUUACGUGCAUUACUUCCCGACAAAUGAGAUAUCACUUCGAGAAGAAGCACAGUGAUGCGAAAAUGGAGGGAUUCGGAAUGUUGAAGUAAGAUUGUAACAUUGUUCUAACUCCGCUUAUUCCUUCCGAUCUCAUUGAAGGUUAUUCAGUUUGCCAAUUGACAAAAUGGACCUAAAAAUGGUUUGGGAUAUCUGUUACGAAGGUGCGCUGGAACUGGGAAAAGAGGGUUGAAAUGAGAAUGUUCAGGGCAAUUGGAAGUGGUCGGGCCGGUGAGUACAACUAGAUAUGUGCGAAGAGCCAAGAAAACGAAGAAGAAUGCGACCGGAACAGAGGCUGAAAAAAAGGACGAAGAUGACGUCGGAAGUGAAGACGGUCCUGAACCGGGAGAAGAACCCGUUCAUCCAGUUGUAUUCUAG